GGCGCCACUAUCGCGUGACUGUAAAUUGUAAACACUUCACGUUCGUUUACAGGAAGAUUGAGGUUAGUUUGCAACAAUGUGUCCGCAACAAGUCUGAAUCAUUUUCGUUACUUUUUUCCGGGUUUAUGUAAUAUCGACAUGAAGACAAGACCAAUGAGAGAAGCAAAGGCAAAGGUCGUUAAAAGUAGACGCAAGCAAACGAAAGCCAAGCUGCCCCAGUACAAGAAGACGAACAAGGUGGCUUUACUGAAAAAGGAUUCCGUUCUGAAAAACCUAAUUAUGAAUUCGCCCGGUCCGGGUACCAAAAAUGUACGGGGCUCUUUAUCGAGUGAAAGUACCGGGCGUAAUGAACAGUUGGACUGUAAGUGCAAUGUCAAUAAAAAAAAAAAACCAUGUGGCAGCGACAAUAAAGCAUCACAUUCCAAGGAUCGUUCGUUACACUCGACAAAGCCAAGGACGCCGACAGGAAAAAACAGUAAACGAUAUUCCGAGGUCUCGAAACAACAACAGCGAAACUUAGGAGCACCCGUAAUAGUCGAAUCUCAUUCAAGUGCAUUGUCUCACUUCGUUAUACCGAAAAUACUGAAACAGAAUCACGAAUUAAGAAGUAACAAUUAUCCCGGCAACAAACUGUCGCGUGUGCGACGUAACAAUCCCAAGAAGGAGGAAGCUUGCAUUAUUGUAGCCGAAUCGGUAAAUCCAAACAAUAACGCCGAUACUGGCACAGCUACGUCCUCGAAUAACAAUCGCAGAUCACGAAGAGCUAGAACAUCGUUAACAUCGGGAAAGGACAAUGUUGCGGAUACAUGGAACGAAAACGAACCGUCCGCUUCUUUUGAGGACUGCCUCAGAAACCUACGGAUCGAUAAAACUGAAGCAGCCGGCAGUUUACCGAACGCGGAAACUGAAUUUUCAUCGUCUAAAAAGACCUCGAACAGCGAUCAGGGUCCGAUACGGUUUUAUUCGUUGAGAAACAAGAUCGUAGCGGUGAUGUCGGGAAGGACGCAAUUUUGUUUCACCGGCAAGAUUGUUUUGAAAGUGAUAUUUGGAACGGUGGAAGUUUACGGAUAUUUGAUCAACGAGGCCUCCAAACCGUUCGAGAUCUACUCUCCCAGAGGAUAUAGUAGCAUUUGCGUGAAAGCUGUGGACACAGUGUCGCAGCACGUCCAACCAGACCUCUGGACGACUCUUUCCGCCGAAGGCGUCGACCGGGACACCGAGAAUAGACUGGUCGCCGAGUUGGACGGCCUCCAAGCCGGUACGACGGUCCUUCUACUGUCGAAUUUGGAAAACAAUUUAACAAGAUUUUUGAACGCUUAUUGUCCGUUCAGACUGUUCCCGAGCAUAAAGGACGCUCCGUAUCAGUCGUGGACCGAUCCGAAGAGAGCGCAAGUGAUUCUACAGUCGCAAUUGUUCGUCGACAAUUACGCCUGCAAGGAGUUGAUCGUCGACGAACGCAUCACGAAGGACGUCGCCGAGAAGAUGUUGAAAAGGUGGCGCGCCAACGAACGGUGCUGCAUUUCGAUAACCGGAGGGAAGAACGUUGGCAAGUCCACCGCAGUCCGUUGCCUGAUAAACAGCCUAUUACCGGUAAGCAAGAAGGUGGUCCUCGUGGACGUCGAUCCUGGUCAGACGGAGUGCGCGCCGGCCGGUUGCAUGUCCUUCAGUUUGAUAGACGAGCCUCUGCUGGGACCGAAUUUCACCCACUUGAAGACGCCCGUCUGCCAACUGUACCUGGGCGACAUCGACGUGAGCAAAUGCAUCACCAGAUACAUCGAGGGAAUGAAAAUGUUGGUUGAAAAGCUGUCGAGUUGCCCGGUAAUGUCCCGAUUACCGAUCGUAGUGAACACCAUGGGAUUCACUUCCGGGAUCGGUUGGGACCUCGCGAUUUUCACGAUAAAGCUGGCGAAACCGUUCCUGGUAGUGCAAAUCAUGUCCGAGAAGGUCAAGAACAAUUAUCCGGAGCAUUUGUCCAAGGAAGUAAUAAAUCAGGUCUCGAAGAGGGUCUCGUGGGGCGUGAACGUUGCUAAUUGGAACGAAGAUUGCAGCCACGAGUUAUGCGUGAUACCUUCCCACGCUGAACGCAAAAGCGCUCCAGUGAACGACACUUGGAACAUGGAGCCCUAUCAACAGCGGGAGCUCGUAAUGACCUCUUACCUCAGCGAGAUUCUGCGAGAUCCCGUGGAUUCAAUGUCCAGUUGCCACGACAUAUCGCUUAACAUCAACACAGCUGUGCCGUACGUGACACGGUUCUCUUCGUUGAUCGUCUCGAUCCCGCGCGCAUCGGUGCCGCCGACGCACGUUCUGAACGUGAUCAAUGGCAACAUAGUGGCGCUGUGCGGUAUCGACCUGGAUGAUCCAGAGUCGCAACAAGUCGAGCUCGUUUCUAAUCUGAGGGUGUUGGACAGGCCGCCGAUUUGCUCGUGUUACGGAUUCGGUAUCGUCAGGGGAGUGGACACGGAACGCGAAGAAAUCUUUCUGAACACGCCGCUGUCGGCUCACGCGAUGCAGUACGUGAAUUGUUUGGUGGGUUGUAUACCAGUGCCCGUCACCCUGCUGCAGUUGAACCAACAAAGAAACGUGCCGUACACCGGCGGCAGCAACGAGUUGCCAACUAGUCGGGAACACCGCAGGGGAUACUUCCGUAUGAGAUAUCAAAGAGCGAAUGCUAAUUCGUAAAGGCUGUGCUCGUCGGGGAGCGCACAGUUCUUUAGAGACGCCAAGAACGCUCGUGUUUAUUUCUCUCCCGAAUUGGUGGUUGCCUGAAGACUGUGUUUUAUUUUUGUUGACAGUUACCGUGAAUGUACAAAAUGUACGAUAUAUAUAUAUACUUUCGACACGACUGUAAAAUAUAUUUUGCACCAGUGGGGACGAUAUAUAUAUACAUAUACAUAUAUCCGUGCAGACAAAAGAACAGAACAAAAAAAAGAAGAACAAAACGAAAAACUAAAAAUAGCAGGAAUUACAUCGGUUGUCUCAAUUGUAAUAAAAUUCGAAAAUAAACGUUAAAAAUGCUUAAAAA